AUGGAUGAUGCUUAUGCUACUGCUAUUAGGAACUGUGAUCCUGAUGGCCCUCUCAUGCUUUAUGUGUCAAAGAUGAUUCCAGCAUCGGAUAAGGGUAGGUUCUUUGCGUUUGGUCGGGUAUUCGCCGGCAGGGUCUCAAUUGGUUUGAAGGUCAGAAUCAUGGGUCCUAAUUUGUCCUGGGAGAGAGAGAAUUUGUACGUCAAGAGUGUUCAGAGAACUGUUAUUUGGAUGGGUAAGAGGCAGGAAACAGUUGAGGAUGUACCGUGUGGGAACACAGUUGCUUUGGUUGGUCUAGAUCAAUACAUCACCAAAAAUGCAACCCUGACCAAUGAAAAGGAAGUUGAUGCGCAUCCAAUUAGAGCAAUGAAGUUCUCCGUGUCACCUGUUGUACGUGUUGCUGUCCAGUGCAAGGUUGCAUCCGAUCUUCCGAAGCUUGUUGAAGGUUUGAAGCGUUUGGCUAAGUCAGAUCCUAUGGUUGUCUGUUCCAUUGAGGAGUCUGGUGAGCAUAUUAUUGCUGGUGCUGGAGAACUCCACCUGGAGAUAUGCUUGAAGGACUUGCAAGAUGAUUUCAUGGGUGGUGCUGAAAUAAUAAAUCAGAUCCAGUUGUGUCCUUUCGUGAGACUGUUCUUGAGAGGUCCUCUCGCACUGUUAUGA